UCAUCUGGACACAUCCCCGGGAUCACUCAACAGCUCCGCCUCCUCGCCAGUGAUUGGCCGCCGGAACUGUAGCUCAGGAGAGGCACAAAGAUGGCCAAUCACCGGCGAGGAGGUGGAGCUUGGAGAGGUGGAGCCAAGCAGCAGCGCGAAGAUCAAAGAAGAUCGAGCGAGGGAGCCGCCAGAGAAGGAAGACAGCUGACAGGUAAGUGUCUGUAGCGUAUGCUGGCUGUAGAUGGGAGAGGGAGGGAGCGAGCCCAGGCUGGAGCAGGAGUCAGCAAGGUAAGUAUCAUUGGUGUCAGUCGGAG